UGCGAAACCGAUGAUGAGAAUUAUCCUUCCGCGGAUGUAGCAUUACAGUUCGGCGCCUAGAAAUUGUAUGUGUUGGCUUAGCCUUUGUAACAUCAAUGUAACGAAGAGUUCGUGACUUAAAGUUGAUUCGCUCCCACGUGAUGAUGUUGUAGUUUGUCAGCUGGUACUAUUUUUUUUGUCUGCGUAGGGAUACGAAGAGUGAGCGGCGGCAGAUUUGAAUUUGAAUCUUGGAGAGGAGGUGAUGACUUCCAGAAAGGUUUUGCAGGAGAUUCCUAUCUUACCACCCUCAGCUGAGAAGGGACCACAAGAAGAUGUACAGUUGCCAGUCUUUCAGAGGAAGCAGCCCCCAGCAGCCAGCAGUUGGACCGAUAUAUAUGAUGAAUGUAAAGAGAAUGUGGUGCCCCCAGAUAUGGAAUGCUUCACAGAGGAGAAGGAGGAACACCGACAGGAACUGCCAGAAAUAUUGGAAGAUUCAGAGAAAAGUGACAUGUUUAGGGAUUUCCAUUCACAAUCUGAAGAGACAGUUUCAAACAGUUAUUCCACUUUAGUCCAGCCACCACAAGACAAUGAAGAAAUGAAAACCAAGACAGAACCCGGGGCUAACUGCACACCUAGCAGGGCCAGAGGGGAAUCCCAUUUGGCGGCAGAGUCCUGCCAUACUCCAAUAGACUUCUCCAAAUGUGUUGUGGCUGAACUUGGUAUAACUACUGACAGCUUCACAAAGUGUGCAGGUACGUCUCCCAAAUCACAGCUGAAGCAUAGACGAAGAUCUACAAUUGGUGUCAGAGGCUCUCCUGAAAUGAACUUUCUUAUUUGCCAAAUUGCCAAGCAAAGGUGCAAGGAGAAAAGAGAGCCUGAUCCCUUGGAAAAUCCAUUUACAUCUCCCCGGAAUUAUUUACUGAAAGACAAAAUGUGUGCUUUUCGGAAUGCUUUCCAGGUUGUUGAGGAGGAUGACGGGAAGCUCCCUUUUGCUGGAUUUUCAGAAGAGACAGAAUCUCAGCCUGAAAGAGGAGAAGAGACAGCUGAACCUCCGCAGAAGAAGCAAAGAAUAUUCAGUAUUAUGGCUCCUGUGCGUGAGAAUGCAGCCAAGAAGCCCUCGCCUCUAACCCUUCCCUCACCAGCAGAAAAAGCCUCCAAGUUAUUUUUAAUGCUAUGGAGCAAUGACAUGGAGCUUUUUAUGUGUCAGUGCCUAAGCGCCUCUGUGGGCAAGAAGAUUCCCAAAUCUGACCAUAAGUUACCCGCGGCAGUGAUGCCUGACCACUCCAACUCCGCCGUCAGCCAUCCUGCCUUGCUCUCCUGCAAUGAAGACCCCGUUUCCCAAACGUGUUCUCCUAAAUCCUUGAAGAGAAAAGUGAUGUUUUCUGAUCUGCCGGAUGCUGAAAUGCCUGGCAAGUCUGUUUCAGUCCUGCAGCCGACAAAGAAUCCUAUUGAAGUCCAAUCUUGCUCCAACUUUACCCUGAAGCCUGCCCUGAAAAAGACCCCAAAAAAGCAUCCCUUUCAUAUGGAGUUGUCAUCACGAUUUCCAUUUUGGGAACUGAGUGAAGAACAGGGGUCUGUGCCUUUUGCAUUCGGAGAGUCAUUGGACAGCGGGGACGAUGAAUGUGUAAAAAAAACAGAAAUUGGCAAUAGUUCUGUAAAGAAAAAGCGAGUUACUUUUGGGAAAGCUCUGAGCCCUGAGUUAUUUGAUAGAUUCUUACCAGCAAACACUCCUCUGCGUCGUGGCGGGACACCAUAUCACCACCGCAAAUCAGAGGGCAGUACAACAGCCGAAGAGGUGGAAGGAGCAGAUGAACCAUCAGAAUCACUGCCACAGCCGAACUUUGAUUUUGAGGAGGAAGAGGAGACCCUUAAGCCACUGUCAUUGUGUUUUGAAGCAGAGUUGACUGAAAUUCAAGGUCAGAAGGACGAAGCUGAGCCGAGGCAUGAAAUGGAAGAAAGCAGGCUGGAUGAGUCCACUUUGCAACAUGGUCUGGUUCUCUCCCCUUCCCCAGCUAUCUCGUCUCCAGAGAAGAGUCCUUCUGUUCUACAGUCAGACACAGAGAAUGAAACUGGAGUUCAUUUAUAUAUUUCAGAUAAAAGCUUCUAUGUCCCAGGGCCUGCUGCUUCUGUUGCUGGUAGCAGAGUGACACGCUCUUUUUUGAAGAAAAAGAGUUUCAGCUCUGAGGAAGAUUCUGCUAGUGUGUCACAGGCAGAGGACAUCAUCAGCCCAGCAAAGGUUGCAGAAAAGGGCAAGUCUAAAAGGGACAAGAAGAUUGUAAGAAUUGUGGCCAAGAAAGCACAGAUCAAAGCAGCACGUGGGAAAGGAAAGAAGAGCAGAGGGAAAUCCAAGAAGUGUAACCAGAAACCCCAAUAUGUGGAACGGGAGACGGUCUCAAAAAAGCCGCUUCUCAGUCCCAUUCCAGAACUUCCUGAGUGCUACCCCACCCCACCAGCCCCAGGCUUCUUGCAGGGACAUGGGAACUCAACGCUUAAAAAGAGGCCCACAAAGACAAAAAGUGUGUUAAGGAGAAGUGGAAAAGUUGAACCCAAUAUGGAGUGUUUCUUACUGAGUAACUCUAAUGAGAAGGAUGAAAUAGAAGGAACCUCACAAGAAGCAGACAGUGGACAAGUCUGUCUAGGAGUUGAAUCCCCGAAUAUUGGCCAUACUGAUCCACCUAAAAAUAUAUCUCAAUCUACUGUGACCAGUUUAGACUCCUUUAUCCAGACCGACUCCCAAAGUAGUGAAGACUCCCUCCAUGCCACUGACCAAUUGAGGUUAGAGAAGCAACAGACUGUUCUGGAGGAGAAGGAAUUGUGCAAGGUCAGCGUUCAAAUACCUUCACAGAACGGAACAAGAAGGCGGUCUAUUAAGCGUAAACAGCAAGCAAGAGGAGAGGAGCCUACUUUAGCAUUACUGGAAUCCAAAGCAUUCAAUACUGAGAGUCCAAAAAAGCAAACAUUUGAUUUGCAGCUUAUUAACAAUGGACUUAUCCCAUCCCAUCAUAGUGAGAAUCCGCUAGAAGCCAGUAAAACCAACAGCAGACAUGAUUCUGUCUUAUCUUCUGCAACAGAAACUGUAGAAACCAAAAAAUCAAGGAGGUCUUCAAGGCUCCAUCGCAGGAGCUCAGCUUUAUCUUUGGAUCAAUCAGAAGGUUCUGCAGAGAAGAGCAUAAAAGGCGAUCCUCCUGCUGAAUCACAAUGUUUGGAGGAUAAAUUAGGCACCUGCAUGGGAGAGGAAGACUUGUCCAUAGAAGAUGCCCUGAGGUCCAGCUUUCCAAGUGAAAAGAAGGUGAGACGUAGUAUGAGGUUGAGAAGGGAUUCUGGUGUGGCUGGAUUGUUCUGGGUACAGGAGGAAAAGAGGAAAGAAACAGGCAGACGGAAGUCCAUAUGCAUGUCCUCAGUUUCACAAGUGGAAACCUCCCAACCGCUACUUAAGGACCAAAUCCAGAGCCCAACUAAAGAGAACAAACCUGUCGGUGUAGCCAAAAAAACUCGCAGGAGGACUCUGUGCACCUCUGACCUUUAUGAAGCCAUAUCUGUUAAUGACUUCACAUGGAGUGAAUCUGCUAGUUCCUCCAAAACUGUAGAAUUAUCCCACCCGAAAGCAGAACCCAUGGACCGUUACAUUUAGGGUAUUGAACUGGAACAGUCCUCUUCUGACUUAUUGGUACCAGUAUAAAUAAUGAAGGUGUAGGCUUUCAACUCUUUUUAAUGUCUCACUAUGUGUGUGUGUGUCUUGUAAAAAUGUGUCUGUGUCUAAUGUGAAAGUCCAUUUCCCCUUUUUAUGUACAAAACUUUUUAAUCUUCCUUCUUUGAAUUUCAUAUUAAAUGUAUCUGAACUGUG